GUUGACCACGGACCACGACCACUCGCGCAACGAUUGCAUGGCCUCGUUCAUUCCCGUCCUCUCUCCAAGUGACAUUCAACGCGCCGCAGAACUCAUCCAACAAGCCUACGCGCCACAAACCCAUCUAUCAUCCGAGGACCAGAGACGAACUCAGCAGGAGCUCUUCGAGAUACAGAAGCGACCGGAGGCAUGGGGUCUGGUGCUUCCCUUUCUAGAUCAUAGUGAUCCAAACGUGCAGUUCUUUGGGGCGCACACGGCGCAGGUGAAGAUCGCGAGAGACUGGGCAGCAUUCCCGGAAGAACAUGUCCUAGAACUGCGUGAUAUGGUCCUAGACGUCACGGGUCGCUCCAUGGGUAGCGGCAAGAAUAAGGUCAUUCUGCGCAAGCUCUUCGUCGCAGUGACGUCUCUAGCUCUGAAAAUCGCGCCUGGAAAUCCAUCGCGGUGGCCAGACUGGCUUAUGUCCUGCAUCAACACCAUGUCUGGUUUGGGUGCUACGAACGAGCAGAUCAUGGACUUCCUUGCCAUCGUUUCCGAGGAAGUAGAGAGUGCAGACCUCCUGCCUGCAAGUAAGAUCCAGGUGCAGAGUAGCCUCGGAAGCGUCGUGCCGAUCGUCGUACAAGCGAUCACGUCGUGUAUCACGGUCCCACAAGCUCUCAGUGCACCACAACAGCUGUCGUCCGCGUUGAAAUGUCUCCAAGCGUGGUUCCCAGUUUUACCGGCAAACGAUCUCACACCGCUCAUACCGCUACUUAUCUCACUCCUGAACCCAACGUCGACGACACCUAUGGAAUUCGAUGAAACGGCGUUCGUGGGCGCGUCCGAGACUUUGCAAGAACUUAUGACCAAGUCUGCGCUUGCAGAUGGUUCGGCGAAUCGGACUCUUACGGAGCCGCUCCUCAUUUGGUGCCACGCUUAUGGUGGGCGCAUAGUCGAGGAAACUCUGAGUUCUGGCCUUGUUGAUCCCGUCUCGCACUCGUUCUGCAAACUACUCGUGGCUCUGGGUGAUCAUUCGACUUUAUAUCUCGCAGCAAAUAUAGCGUCUGCGCUACCCCCCAAACCCUUCCCUGAACCCCCGCCGCCGACCACCUUCCCGGCUCCUUCUCUGCCUAACAAGUCCCAGCUCGUGCAGGCCUUCCUCCGUCUGCUACUCGCAUAUGCUGCGCUUCCAGGUUUUUAUGGCGUAGACGAAGAGGAGAGCGAGCUUAGUCUAGGCUUCUGGUACCUCUUUCAGGAAGCGCUAUGGAGUGCAGAAUAUGAGCAAGAGUUUGAGUUCGGAGACGGGGACGUGGAUGCCGCGCCGGGCACGGACAAGACGGAACAAGCGCAGAUGCGCGUGGCAAGGGUGGUUUACUCUGAGCUCGUGCAAAUUUUGAGGGGAAAGGUGGUUUGGCCUGGCGCUGCUACAUUGCGGACAUGGAACAGAGAUCAGCGUGACAAGUUUCAAGCUUAUCGAAGAGACGUAGGAGACAUCCUGAUCAACGCAUACUAUAUUCUUCGAGACGGACUCCUCGCCUACUAUGUGAGCGACUUACUGCAGCGGCUGUCAUCAAGGUCGCCGAAUGACAGCUGGGAGGAUAUCGAAGGCACAUUGCAUUGCGUCUUGGCUGUCCAAGAAGCCGUACCGGUCGAAGAUAAUCUACACCUUGCUCGGAUUUUCGGGCCUGAGAUAAUGGGUCGUCUUCCUGUCACAGGGAGUGACAGGGUACGGCGCACGGCUUUGCUGCUCAUAGGCUCGUAUGCGUCUUGGUUCACCACUCAGUCGAAAGACGCAUCCCCUUCGACGUCAUUGCUCAUGAACGCGAUUUCCUACAUCGCCGCCGCUCUUCCGGACCAUGUACUGUGUCUACCAGCUGCGAAUGCUCUCCGUGACCUAUGCGACGCAAAUCGGACGGCACUCGCACCUCACAUAGCUGCGUUUGGCGAGUUGCACGCGAGCCUCACUGGAAUACCCGACACAGAGAAGGCGAAGGUGCUUCAGUCUAUCGCCAGUGUCAUUCAAGCACUGCCCCCUGCUGAAGCAAUCCCGCCAAUCGAGGCGAUCCUUAGUCCUGUAGUCGCGAAGCUGCACGAGGCAUUGCAGUCAUCUGCGCAGCUACCUGAGGAAGCCCGGGCGAUCACGAUCCAGCAACUGGUGACGAUCACCGGAGUCGCCAAAGGCCUGACGCGCAUGGUCGACUCCUUGCUUGUCGUAGACGAGACUCCGAGUGCUCAGGAAGAAGCCAAGCAGAUGGUGCAAGCAAGAGAUGAUCCACGCACAACUCAGUUGCGGGAAGGACUGCUUUUCGCUAUUAGGCGAAUAGUAGAGCUUUGGACAGAGGAUGCCAGUGUAUCGGAUGCUUUAAACGAGUUGAUCAAGGCGAUCACAUCAUUGCCAACCGAUGUCACCCUCAUCUCCCUUCCCCCAGGACCUCUGCUGGAAGCGGUCUGCAUGGCCGCUCAAAAGCAGCUUACCGCGGUGUGGCUGUCGUUGACGACCAUGCUGAUCAACCAGCUCGACCCGCCGUCCCUACUUCCUACCACUUUCAAGACCAUUCCCACCCACGAAGCUGAACAAAUCGCCCUCAGUGUACUCGGAGUACUGCUUCAAACUAGUUUGAGUGCCCUCAGUCAGCCAGACGCAUUGGAGGCGAAUCCAGACAUCGUACAAGCAUUCUUCGGAUGCAUUGAUACUAUGGCUCAGCACUUCGUGAUUGCAUUUUAUCGACUCCCUCCAGAUAUCUUCAACGCACUAAUGCAAUGCUCGAUCACGUCACUGGGACUACAAGAGCGAUAUUCGCUAGUUGGUGCCUGCACUUUCUGUAGAACUCUUAUCAAUCGCACGUGCGCAGUAGACGAGCUCAGUGACGCCAAAAUCAUGCUUGCACGAACACAUGGACCCUCAAUCAUGAGAGCCGUACUCAGCGGCUUUGCAGGCGUAGCUCCUCGAUCCACGACUCCUAACCUCGUCGAGCUACUGUCGACAUUGACGCAGCGAUUCCCUGAGGACAGUCGCCAGUGGAUGACAGAAGUUCUCUUUGCCGACGACUUCGUGCAAUGCAAAGCAAAUGACGCAGCCAAGGAACAGCUCAUCAAGGCAGUCUUUGGGUCACGUUCUAUGAGACGCGUGAGAGACGCAGCUCAGCAAUUCAUACUCAUAGCAAGAGGCUUAGAGGGUACUGGCUUUGGCUACACGUCGGUCACUAUGUGAAGCGCAAUGCCAAUCGGACAUUUCGACAAAUCGCAGUUCAAGAGAAUGUUGUAUAUGUUAGUAAUGGAACCAGUAUCAUCUGCGCUGCGAUACGCGCCAAUGCAGUAUUCAAUCCUCGAUAUGUGUGGCUCUUCAC